AGCGUUGAUCCAUCGAAUACGCACGCUGAAUAUGAUGACUAACCUGACCAGCACGUACCUACAUUCUGCUUGUGAACGCGAACGGGCGGAGAUUCUCAUCAACGGCCGUGCCACCUAACGUUCCUUACGAAAACAAAAAAGAAAAGAAAGGAAGGAAGAAACACUCGGCUAUUGACCAGCUUAGGCCGACAAGAGAAUAAGUUAAUGCUGCAUCUGUCUCCGUAAGGGUAGUCGAUGUGGCGCUGUGUUUUACUGACGACUUGUGAGUAACGGUUUCCGUCGGCUCCGUCUUCAUCGCCAUCACAGCCAUUACGAGAUCAUCGCAAAUACCUACGGAUUUGGGACGAGAGGUGCAAACCCGUGCGACGAGGAACACCAGGCUUGUUGACUGGCGACAUACCCCAUUUACUGCGACCAUGACUUCGGAGCGCACGCCGCUCAUCGUCCAGGUCCCGGUGGCGGAGCGGCGGCCCCGGUACCCGCAUGCGGUGUUGCGCCGCUUCUGCACCGUUGCUCUAGCAUCGAUCCUGAUAUGGUUCUUCAUCGCCGUGGCCGUGUCCAUGGCCUACUUCCCCGCCGGCGGUUCACAGCGCGACCCCGGCGACGAUUGGACGUGGCCUGGCCAUCCCAAAAGGAAGCUGUCGUACGAGCAGCUGCAGCGCAUCCUUCUCGAAGUCCCCUCGAGCCAGCGCGCCGAGGAGUGGAGCAGGUACUAUACCGCCGGGCCUCACCUGGCCGGUAAGAACUACUCCCAGGCCGUCUGGACCAAGAACAAGUGGGAGGAGUUCGGCGUCACAUCCGAGAUCGUGUCCUACGACACGUACCUCAAUUAUCCCGUCGACCAUCGGCUCGCCCUGCUGGAGAAGGAAAAGAAUGCCGACGGCGCCUCUGUCUGGAAGGUGUCGUAUGAGGCGGCCCUUACCGAAGACGUCCUCGCCGAGGACCCCUCGACCAGUCUGCCCGAUCGAGUGCCCACCUUCCACGGCUACUCCGCCUCGGGAAACGUCACCGGUCCCGUCGUCUAUGUCAACUAUGGCUCGUACCAGGACUUCGAGGACCUGAUCAGGGCCAACGUCACCCUCAAAGGCAAGGUGGCUAUUGCCCGGUAUGGAGGUAUCUUUAGAGGACUCAAAGUAAAGCGCGCUCAAGAGCUCGGCAUGCUCGGCGUCAUCCUGUACAGCGACCCAGGCGACGACGGAGAGAACACCGAGGAGAAGGGAAAGGAGCCGUACCCCAAUGGGCCUGCCCGCCAUCCCAGCAGCGUGCAACGGGGCAGUACCCAGUUCCUCAGCUUUGUCCAGGGCGACCCGACAACGCCGGGAUACCCUUCCAAGCCAGGGGUUCCCCGUCUGCCUGUGGACGACGCGAUUCCCUCCAUCCCCUCCAUCCCAAUCUCGUACCAGGAUGCGCUUCCCAUCCUGAAAGCCCUCAAUGGCCACGGGCCCAAGGCCGACGACCUGAACCAGUACUGGACUCGUAACGUGGGGUUGCGGUACAAAGGCGUGCACUACAACAUCGGGCCCACGCCGGACAAUGUGGUUGUCAACUUGUACAAUGAGCAGGAGUACGUGAUCACUCCUCUCUGGAACGUCAUUGGCGUCAUCAACGGCACCAUUUCGGACGAGGUUGUCGUCGUCGGCAAUCAUCGCGAUGCCUGGGUGGCAGGAGGAUCGGGCGAUCCCAACAGCGGAUCCGCCGUCCUGAACGAGGCGAUACGGUCUCUUGGAGAGGCCCUCCGGCAGGGGUGGAAGCCUCUCCGCACCAUUGUCUUUGCAAGCUGGGACGGCGAGGAGUACGGCCUCGUCGGCUCCACCGAAUGGGUCGAGGAGUACCUGCCCUGGCUCAGCGAAGCCACCGUCGCCUACGUGAACACCGACAUCUCGGUGGAGGGUACCCACUUCGCAGCCCGCGCCGCGCCGCUACUUGACGACGUCAUCUAUACCGCGGCGUCUGUCGUUCCGUCGCCGAACCAGACCGUUCUGGGCCAAACCGUCUACGACCUGUGGGACAAGAGUAUCAAGACCAUGGGCAGCGGCAGCGAUUUUGCCGCCUUUCAGGACUUGGCCGGCAUCCCGUCUCUCGACGUCGGCUUCGACGCGAGGAAUGGCGACCCGGUGUACCAUUACCACAGCAACUAUGACAGCUUCCACUGGAUGGAGAAGUUUGGCGACCCCGGCUUCGUCUACCACCGCGCCAUGGCCCAGCUCUUGGGCGUGAUCACCGCGCGGCUCGCCGACCUUCCCGUCAUCCCCUUCCGUGCAGGUGACUAUGCGCGUGCCCUUGGCCGUUACGUGAAGAAAGUCGAGGACAAGCUCGACGAGGCCCUCUCGCCAUCCGCCGAGCUCACGGCAGCUUCUCUGCUGGAUGACGAUGCCUACUUCGAACUCCGCGGCAGCACCCGGAAUCUCUCCACUGUCCUCACAUCCUCCUCCAUGUCCCGGACCCCCGACAGUGAGGCAGAGUCCUUCAGGAUCUCCCUCGAACGCCUGUACAAGGCCCUCCACAAGCUCGACAAGCACGCGACGAAGCUGGACCGGCACGCCGACAAGCUGAGGGAGGAGGUGGGGCGGCACGUCCCCUGGUGGAAGUGGCCGGCCAGGCUGAAGCUGUGGUUGGACAUCCGCAAGGUCAACACAAAGUACAAGUACUUGGAACGCAGCUUCCUGUAUGAAAAGGGCCUGGACGGCCGCCCAUGGUUCAAGCAUGUCGUCUUUGCGCCGGGCCUGUGGACUGGUUAUGCCGGCGCCGUGUUCCCUGGGUUGGUGGAGAGCAUCGAUGCUCGGAACUGGAAGAACGCCGAGAGAUGGGUGGGCAUUAUCGAGAGUCGGAUCGAGAACGCUGCGCGUCGGCUCUGACUCGAGCGAUCAAGGAAGUGAUGGGUGUUUGGAGAUGAUUCCGGGUAUAAUAUCAGGUUGGACAAAACGUGGCGGAAUAGGACCAUCCUAAAGCCCCUUGUUUGGAUACAUGCGUUGCCAAGGCUGGAGGUUCUUGAUAGCCUGCCCUUCACUUCCCUUCAUUUGUGUGUGCGCGUGUGCGUUGUGUGUAUGCUGCGAAUUGGAUAUUGCGUUUAUCCCCAAGCCAUCAACAUGAAUAUGACUGUUGCUAUCAGUCGCCGAAAUUUGCAUCUUCUCAAACUCUUGGAUACCUAGCCGGUCUCUCUCAAUCUCUGCUACUCUUUCCCUCCUUUUUUUCUAGGAGAGUG